AUGCGCCUUUGCACAAAGUAUGCCAUAGUCAAAGUCCCUUCGGCUUGCCCCGAAAGAUCCUGCAACGUGCCACGUCUUGUCGGUAGUCGCACACCGACACUUGGUGUGUUCAUCACACAGCGCCUGGACGCCGCCCCUCCUCCACACCUGGAGCCUGCCCCGAGAUCUUGGCAUUGGAUCGGACGCACUUCCCCACACAUGCAGGAGCCUUUGGUACCCUCGGCGACCAGCGAGUCCUCGGUGUCUCCCCAGCCUCACAAUCCCACUAUCACCAUGGAAGCAAAAGAAGGGCGGUCAAGCAACGCAUUUGCGUGCGAGCGUUGCCGUAAGCACAAAGUUCGGUGUGUCCCCUCGGACAAGGCCUCUGUAUGCCAAAGAUGUCAGAAAGCACGCGUCGAGUGCAUCGAACAUGUUGCGCGAAGAAGGCCAGCAAAACCCAGGAUAGAUGGGCAAACGCCCAACAAGAUGCGCGACUUCGAUAAGAAGCUUGACAAAAUAUCCGCAAUUGUGGCGACUAUGGCACCGGUCUCAGUUCUACAGCCCGCGCUGCCGUCGGCAACCACCGUACCCUCACAAUUUUCCGACACAGCUCAGCGAACAUCUCCACCUGCACCUGCGCCUGCGUUACUGGUCAAGGCAUCGCCUUCUGCAACGAAAGAGCCAGGCCUACCCGCCCCUGUUGCCACUCCGGAAGAUUCCCUGGCAUUUUGGGGAUCGAUCAACGACACGUUGUCAUGCCUCGGCAAACUUGAUCCUGUCAUCCGUUCCAUUAGCUUCAUCCAUAUGCAGAUGUUGGUCGAUGUUUACCGGACCAUGGCCGACUACUUUCCAUUCGUGACGUUGCCGAAAGACUGCACUUGCCGCGAUCUUUUCCAGCAACGACCGAUCUUGAUGUUCGCUGUUCUAGUGGUAGCCUCUUAUGACUCGGUGCUACUGCAAUUGACGUUGAGCCGCGAGUUUCGCAAAGUAGCGACAGUCAAGGUCAUGAACGGAGAGAAAAGCCUUGAUCUGCUGCAAGGACUUCUUGUCUUCAUAGCCUGGCACCAUCACUACAUGGACGCUCAGGCUGUCUCCAUUCCCAUGCUUCUGCAGAUCUGCGCUGGCAUUGCAGGCGAUCUGGAAUUAGACAGCCUCUCCACAGCAGUUCGGAGCCCUCUGCAUAAGAAUGACCCUAGAGACAAGGAGGCAAAAAGAGCAUACCUUGGCUGCUACUACCUGGCAUCCAACAUCAAUCUUACUGAGCCAGGCAAGGCUCGCUGCAUGUCAUACUCGAGCACAAUUCGGACAUACGCAUCUGAGUUGGCGUCGUCGUGGGAACACAAGUCGGACGCCAUAUUGCCUAUCGUCAUUGACAUUUGUCAGUUCACAGAAGACGUGCAGGAGACAUUCGCAGGCCCAACAGAGCAGGCUCUGAUCGCUCGCACGCAGGUCAAACGUCUAAUUGCGAAGUGGGAUAGCAUCUGCCUGGCCUCAAAGCUGCAAGCCAGCGACUUCAAAACCCUGCAAUGGAUGCAGCUCGCCGCGCACACAUACCUGUACAAGACCGCGGCAUCGAUCGACUUGAGUGAUUGUGAUAGCACGCCGUGGGCCUCUGGAUUCCAGCUCUCAUUGCGUGUAACUUGCCUUCGGUCCAUCGAACAAUUCCUGGACAAUAGCACGAAACUCCAGUCUAGCCAGUAUGAGGUUCUAUGCUUAAUCGACUGGCUCAAUCUAGUCUCUACGAUGACGAGCCUGAGCAAACUUGCGCUACAAUCCUCGCCGAUGCCUGGGUGGGACACCAACGAGCUACAGGUAGCAAGGUCGUUCGAGUAUUUCCGUGAUCAGCUUGUGUCUCAGAUGCCUCGUCCGCGCGAUCCUCAGGAAACCAGUGAGGACAUUUUCGAGCGCUUCCGACGCAUCACAGCUGUUAUGAAAAUGGCCUUGACUAGCUCGUCUGGUGGGACUAGCCCUGGAGGAAGUACUUUCCAGCUUGCGACUGGCUCCGGACGCACUGUCUCGCUGUUACAAGAUCUACCCUUGCCAGAGAUGAACGGUAUCAAUGGCGACGACAGCUUACAUGUGCCUUGGAAGCUCAAGCCAACCUUUGAUCUUAACAGUCAUCAAUUUCCCUGGAGAUUCCUGUCAGGUACAGUCUGA